AUGGUCAAACGUGGUCGCAGCAAAGUCGUGGACGACGCAGAAUUGCUUCCACACGAUACCAAGCGCGAGAAACGAAGUGACUCCAAAGUGGGCAUCUUGAACCUUAAAGCGGCCUCGCCGGAGCAAGCAGAGCUGAGCACCAUACCUGUGCUAUAUUCGCAAGCUGUUCAUCUGAAAAUAUGGGCGAUAGCAAACAAAGCACUUCUCUACACGUCUCCUCCCUCGCUCUUCCCAGAGUAUACUGAACCUGGAGGCUCUGGCUACGUCUACCGAGACGCCGCCUUUUGGACCUCGGGUUUCUUCCCAGGAUCUUUGUAUCUUCUCCUUGAGAGAAUGCGGAAACAUUCUCACAUCUUGCGGCAAGCUUGCGAGGCCAACACCAGCUUGCCUCAUGUUCUCAGUGUCGAAUUCGCAUGUAGAUGGUGGACCGAGAACCUUCAUACGAAUGCUACACUGCUCGGCACUCAUGAUCUUGGAUUUCUCGUGAUGCCCUGGGCACGACCGGCAGUGGAAAUGCUGAACGACGCGCGCUCUCUUCAGACAAUCGUCACCGCGGCGAGAACUUUAGCAGCCAGAUUUGACGCUCGCGUGGGCUGCCUUCGCUCUUGGGAUGUUUGUGAGACCAAAGUCUAUUCAUUUAGCGACACCUCAAAAGACUUCUUGGUCAUCAUCGAUAAUAUGAUGAACUUGGAUCUGCUCUUCUAUGCAGCUUCUAAGACAAAUGAUGUGACUCUCUACGAAACUGCUAGGAGUCACGCCCUAAAAAGUCAACAGGCACACGUUCGGUCAGACUUCUCCACAACGCAUGUCAUCAACUUUGAUCCAACGACGGGCAAGAUCAAGCAGCGCCUCACCAAUCAGGGUAUGGCACAUGAGUCGUGUUGGUCAAGAGGCCAGGCAUGGGCCAUCGCAGGAUUCGUUGAGACUUUCCUUUGGACACGUGAAGAGACAUUCUUGGACACUGCAAGAGGCUGCGCUGACUAUUUCCUGCGGCGAUUGCCAGCGUCUAAAAUCCCGCCUUGGGACUUUGACGCAUCAGCUCAAAGCUGUCAGCCACCCGAUACCAGCGCUGCCAUGAUUGCAGCAUACGGAAUGCUGCUCAUCCACAAGGCACUGGUGUCGAGAGGAGAAAGACAGUCACCGUACCUUGUCUAUGCACUUCAGAUUGCAGAAGCGGUUUGCAAAGAGCACAUGAACCAGCCUGCGUCGGGAAAGAAAGUGUAUGAAGAGGUGAAAACAGUGGAAAAAGACAUUGGUGUAAAGGAAGUUCGUUUGGAGGUGUCGAUCGGCAGCGGUGACACCAUACUCAACGGAGCGACCAUCAAUAACUUUGAGCACGCACCUCGUCGGUGGGCGAAUCACGGGCUGGUUUACGCCGAUUACUACUUUAUGCUAUUCGGGAAUAAGCUUCUCGAGCUCGGGUUCUUGCCGUAG